GCCAUGGCAAAGAACGGGCUUGUAAUUUACAUCCUGGUUAUCACCUUACUCCUGGACCAGACCACCAGCCACACAUCCAAAUUCAAAGCCAGGAAGCACAGCAAACGCCGAGUGAAAGAAAAGGAUGGAGACCUGAAGACUCAAGUUGAAAAGCUCUGGAGAGAAGUCAAUGCCCUGAAGGAAAUGCAAGCCUUACAGACAGUCUGUCUCCGAGGCACAAAGUUUCACAAGAAAUGCUACCUUGCUUCGGAAGGCCUGAAGCACUUCCAUGAAGCUAACGAAGACUGUAUCUCCAAGGGAGGAACCCUGGUGGUCCCCAGAAACUCUGACGAGAUCAACGCCCUCCGAGACUAUGGUAAAAGAAGCCUGCCAGGUGUCAAUGACUUUUGGCUGGGCAUCAAUGACAUGGUCACCGAGGGCAAGUUUGUUGAUGUCAACGGAGUCACCAUCUCCUUCCUCAACUGGGACCGUGCACAGCCUAAUGGCGGUAAGCGCGAAAACUGUGCUCUGUUCUCCCAGUCAGCUGAGGGCAAAUGGAGUGACGAGGUCUGUCGUAGCACCAAGAGGUACAUAUGCGAGUUUAUCAUCCCUUGA